GGUGUAAUGAAACCUCAACCUCUCCAUGGAGGAGAAGAGGGAGAAAACCUGAGUGGAAUGGAGAAGAGGAGCACCGUCUCCCCCUCCUCCUACGACUAGCUAUAGAAGAUAGCCGAGAAGAAAGCUUGGUGUUAGCAGAAGAAGAAGAGGAGCAAAUGGAAGCACUGCUGCCGCUUACCGAGGACGAUUGGGUGGAGGUGCUUCGUUCUCUCGCGGCCAAGGAAAGGGAGUCCGAGCUCGAGCUCGCCAGUGACGAUGGCGGCGGCUGCUACCUCCGGUCGGCGAGGAAGGAUGCGGUGGAGUGGGUGUCGCGCGCUGCGGCGCGCCACGCCUUCUCCCCCCUCACGGCGGUCCUCGCCGUGAACUACCUCGACCGCUGCUUCCUCUCCCGCGCCGCGGGCGGCGGGCUCCGGCUCCAAGACGACAAGCCAUGGAUGGGUCGUCUUGCGGCCGUCGCUUGCCUCUCCCUGGCGGCAAAGGUGGAGGAGACGCGCGUCCCUCUCCUAAUCGAUCUCCAAGCAGAGGAGGGGAAGUACGUGUUCGAGCCGAGGACCAUAAGGCGGAUGGAGCUUCUGGUUCUCGCCGCCCUCCGCUGGAGGAUGAAUCCCGUCACCCCCCUCUCAUUCAUCCACCACCUACUCCCCCGCCUCCGUUCUAAGUAUAAGAACGCCAACACCGAUCCCUCCGCCGCCACCGGCAUUGCCACGGCUCGGAGGUGUGAAGCGGCUCUCCUGUCAGCAAUAGCUGAUUGGAGAUGGGUUCAGUUUCCUUCAUCGGUCUGGGCAGCGGCGGCACUACUCCAAGCGUCCGCGGUGGCGGCUCAAGAAAGCCACUGCCUCAUCUCCCUCCUCAACGUCCCAAUGGCAAAAGUGGAAGAAUGCCAUCAGCUAAUGCUGGAAUCAGCGAGCGCCGCCAUUACCGGACACAAGCGCAAGCAUUCGUCUUCCGUUUUCCACUACUGUUCAUCGCCACCGAGCCCCAUUGGGGUGGUCGGCUCCUGCUUCGGCAGCGAGAGCUCAAGCGACUCCCAGGCGAUGCGGCCGCCAUCACCCGCGGCACAUCCUCUCCAGAAGCAGAUCAAUGGCAGUGAGAGAGGAAGGUGUUGAUUCUGUUGGAGUACAAGUAUCAUCUGUGCCUUCCAUCUCUGCCAUUGCUCUGAGUUCCUGGGAGCAAUUUUAGUUGGCUUUUGAGGUGGUAGCUAUGGAGAAGAAGAAGAAGAAGAGAUGGGUGGCAUUGUUCUUUUCCAAUUCCCAACUGUAGCAGUGCUCCUCUUUCCUACUGUUCGGAUAGCUACUAGUUCUCUUGGCCCA